CAGGUGUCUGUUUUCUGCUUGUGUCAUCAGUCAACAAAAAGUAAACGGUUAAUAUGUCUAAUUUUGGAGAGAGAAAAAAAUAAUAUAAACUGUGUAUUUGAAUUACUUAUUAUAAAUAGAGAAUGUCCUUAAUUCUGGAUCUAGCGAUUUAUUUUUGUGGCACGUUCCCAGAUUAACUUUCCACGACCCCUGAAUAACAGGACGAUGCUUUUAAAAGAUGCUGUUAAACUCUUGGUCUCUAACAGUGAGUGGGGCUUUAAAGUGUGUCUCGUGUUAUGCGGGGGGGUUGUUUUUUGUCCAUGUAUGAAUUCAGUGACUUGACUGAACUUGCUCGAGGCUCCACCCUCCGUUAGUCAGCCAGUCCACUGCGUGUUAGGACCUGGUGCCUUUAACUAACGAGCAUCUCGGGAAGAGGAGGAGAGAGAAGGAGAAGGGGGGGGGAAAGAAAAAGAAAGAAGGACUUUCACCCCCUCCUCCUCCCCCGGCUCCUAUCUGGAGGAGUAACGCAGCCACAGUGGUCGUCGCAACUCCGUGCGCUUGGGACUUUUCACCCGGCAUCUUCUCUUGAGGAGAGGAACGCAUCCGGCAGAAAGGCAGACCUCCUCCUCCUCCUUCUCCUCCUCUGCAUUUUCCGACCUGGAGUGAAGUCUGAGUGGAAACAAAUGAUAUAUGAACCCGCGCAGAGGAGCGGAGAGAGAGAGGAGGUGCGUGCCGGAUACUGCUCUUGUUCUUUUACGCACGGAUACGAGCCUGUUGGAGUUUGACAGUGGAGGAAAAACAACAGGCCAGUUAUCAGUAUUGACAAUCUUGUUUACUUUUCUCUUUUUUUUUUGCUGCCGCUGCGUGAUCUCAAUCUGAGUUUGAGUUUCAACAGAGAUCUUUAAAAAAAAAAAAAAAGAAGGAAGUUCUUGAGGCAACUUUGCAGUGGAAGAGCAGGACAAAGGGAAGGAAAAGGACCCUGGUAACCAUGGCGUUGAAGGCCAGAGUGCUGUACGACUUCAGCUCUGAAAACCCAGGGGAGAUCUCCAUAACCGAGAGUGAGCUGGUGACCCUGUUCAGCGAGGAGGAGCUGGACGGCUGGCUGGAGGGGGAGAACAGCAGGGGGGAGGCGGGCCUCUUCCCCGCCUCCUAUGUGGAGGUCAUCAGGGACCACAUCACCUCCAACACCAACAACAACGGCUUCUCCCCGUGCAAAACCAAAGCGCUGCCGCCGACCCAGACCUCCUUCACAUCCUCUGACUCCCAGUCCCAGAGGGGUGGCAGCGGUGGGGGCAGCUUCCACACCAGCCAGGGCAGCGACGACGACUGGGACGACGACUGGGACGACCCCAGCUCCCCCGCCACCAGCGCCGCGCCUCAGGGUCUCGGCAGCUCGCCCCCCUUGUACCCGGUGACCACCUCCCUGCCGGCGCGGCGUAGCGGCUCCCAGCAGCACCAGCACCAGCAGCAGCAGGCCAAGAGCUCGGCCACGGUGGGCAGGAACCUGAACAGGUUCUCCACCUUCGUCAAGUCCGGCGGCGAGGCCUUCCUGCUCGGGGAGGCCUCGGCCUUCGUGAAGGACGGGGACAGGAUCUGCGUGGUGAUGGGAAAGCACGGGCCCGAGUGGCAGGAGGACCCCUACCCGUUCACGUGCACCAUCGACGACCCCACCAAGCAGACCAAGUUCAAAGGCAUGAAGAGCUACAUGUCGUACGGCCUGACCCCCACGCACACAAACAUACAAGUGAACCGCAGGUACAAGCACUUCGACUGGCUGUACGCUCGGCUCGUGGAGCGCUUCCCGGUCAUCUCGGUGCCCCGCCUGCCGGAGAAGCAGGCCACGGGACGCUUCGAGGAGGACUUCAUCUCCAAGAGGAGGAAGGGUCUGAUCUGGUGGAUGAACCACAUGACCAGCCACCCGGUGUUGGCGCGCUGCGACGUCUUCCAGCACUUCCUGACGUGCGGGGCGGACGAGAAGGCCUGGAAAAUGGGCAAGAGGAAGGCGGAGAGGGACGAUCUGGUCGGCGCCAACUUCUUCCUCACAAUCAGCCCGCCCGCCGUGCCCCUGGACCUCCAGGAGGUGGAGAGCAAAGUCGAAGGCUUCAAGUCCUUCACCAAGAGGAUGGACGAGAACACCGUCGUCGUGAACGCCACCAUCAACGAGUUCGCCCGCAAGCAGAUCACGGGCUUCAAGAAGGAGUACCAGAAGGUGGGACAGUCCUUCAAGCUCCUGGCGCAGGCGUUCGAGCUGGACCAGCAGGCGUACUCGGUGGGCCUGAACCGGGCCAUCUCGUACACGGGCGAGACCUACGAGGCGAUAGGAGAGUACUUCGCCGAGCAGCCGCGCCAGGACCUGGAUCCCAUCUCUGAUCUGCUGGACCUCUACAGGGGACACCUGGACAAUUUUCCGGACAUCGUCCACGUACAGAAAGGUGCGCUCACCAAGGUGAAAGACUGUCCGAAGCAGGACGGCGACCUCCACGACCGCUGCAACAUCAUUUCCUGCGCCACGCUGGCGGAGAUCCAGCACUUCCACCGCACGCGCGUACGGGACUUCCGCUCGCAGAUGCAGCAUCACCUCCGUCAGCAGAUCGGCUUCUUCCAGAAGAUCACGGCCAAGCUGGAAGAUGCGCUCCAGCGAUACGACGACGACGAGUAGGUGAACUUGGACUACAAAGGCCUUUUAGGAUGUGUCGAGGAGGGGGGAGGGGCAUGAAGAGGGAAGCAGGGCCGGGUUGAUUGAUGUGCUCGUCCUCCAGUAGUGGAGAACAUUUUGCCGACCUUCGAGAGAGGAAUCCUCUCAGACUUGUGUUGCCAUGGACCCUGCGCCCGGUAUGCGAGCGUUGGAAGAAGUACAGCACUCUGUAAAAAGAAAACAGAAAAAUAUAUAGGCCACUGGGCUGUGGAAUGACAACUUCUUGUAUUAUCUGGACAGCUCUGAUGAAUGUACCAGUGACAUGGAUUUUACUGAGGCACAUCUUGCAGCUCAGCGGGACUGCGGAGAUAUCAAAAACAGCUGCUCUCGCUGGGACAGGGCUGCCUCUCAUUUCCCCGGUUUGAGGGUCAUGUGAUCUCUCCACGCCUCCCCUUGCCUUACCAUUUCAUAUGAAAAACCCUCCGACCUGGGAACACACACGGCAACCCAACACAAAGAUACGUAUGCGUAUGAAAAUCCCUAAAUUGUUUUAAAAUGGAUCCUUGAUGAGUAAAAGACUGGUCUCGAUCACUUCAUCUCGAUCUGUACAUGUCCACAUUGUUUCUACUUGAAUUACCUGCUCAGUAUUGUUUUGAUGGGACAAGACAGUGUCCAAGUGAUUGUUUUGUGAGAACGGAAAGAGGCAAAGUGGGAAUAUUCUACUCCGCUGAUUCGAUUUAGUAGUUGGAUUUUUCCUUACAGCUUGAAAUUUGAACGACGUACAGUAUGAUGUCUAACAUCUUCGUUUUCAACCCCCGUGUUGUUCUGUACUACUUUGUGCCUUGACUGACCUACAACAACGUUGGGCUACGUUCAGGCUGGUUUUAGUUUGUCCUGACUUGCUGCCUGCUUGUUUUGAGAAGCAGCUCCACAGUUAUCUUUUCUUUUCUUUCUGAAACCAUCUGUCUUUCUGCUUUUCCCCUCAGUCCUGGGAGGUCAGAGGUCAGGCGGCUCAGGCCACAGAUGCUUUCUGGCUUGGAAAUAAUCAGACUUUUUUUUUUUUAUGUGAUCAUCGUAGUCCAUCUCAAAUUCUUCUGGGGACAUUUUGUAUGAAAAAUAAGACAAUCAAUGGGCGUCUUGCUUUGAGCGCCUUCAUGUCAGUGUCACUGAGGUGGAUCAGUCGCACUUAUUGCUCUAUAGUCUACCACAGCGCCUUUUUUGAUUUGCCCACUCUGGGCCAACUAGUGAGAUUUAUUUCUGUCUUCAUAUAGUAACUUUAAGUUUGGUGUCCCUACUUUAUAUACCAGCCUGCUGCUUCCAAAAUAUUCUUCAUUUUAAACCAACCAGUUACCAAUACCAGCUCACACAACAGUUUGUUGUGAGUCCCCAGUUGAUUGCAAUAUUUUAAUGGAAAGGAUACCGCUGUUCAGCUUUUACAAUAAAAGCUAUGAAGCUCGUGAAUACUUUCAACACACAACAUCCUGUAAGCUGACUUAAUGAGCAACUCCUUAAUAAAGUGAGCAGAUGAGCCUUUAUCAAACAGCCGUAGGGAAGUUUUAUGAUCUGGUAAAUGAGCUGAUAUGCUCCCAAAAGAAAUUGGGGAAAAAUUGAUAUAACUAGAGACCAUCUUGUUAUGGGAUCACACCUGCCGAGAUGCCCGUCAACAUGUUUUUUCAAAAUUCAUUUUUUUUAAUGAAAAGUUUCAUAACUGUGUCUAACGCUGCUGGGAUAAAAUCUGCCCACGGGGCCGAGAGACAUAUUAACGACUGCCAAAGUACUCUGCUACAGUAGGUGUCUCCAGGACCAACACACACACACACACACACACACACAGAUUCACAAAGUGAAAAUUUAACCAGCGACGAUGUUGCAGCUGUUAAUAAACUGAAUGCAUAAGCACUAUAUCUAGUGCUGUCAGUUUUUACGCUCAUAUUGUAAUUCUGCAUUAUCAAUAUUUCAAUUUCGGGGUGUGACUUGACAGUCCUAUCCUGGUAGUCUACUUUAAAUGUUUAUAAUAGGGUGAACCACCGGCUUUUUUUUUGCUUUUUGUUUUCCAGAAACACAUCGUUGACGACAAUGAAAAUGCUUUGUAAGUUAACACUUUUAAUGUAACACAAUGGGACAACAUUUCCGUAUGAAAUACAGUAAAUACACGCGUAAUGUGUUUCAGUCAUUUAUUUCCCCCGUGAGCUUAUUGUUGACUGUUUUCCUGAAAUAUAACUUAUAGUUUCACUUAA